UGGGCUUUGUACAAGAAACGUUUCUUUUUUCCUCCGUCUACCUUCCUCCUCGUCCUGUCGUCCACCACGACGCUCCUCUGCAAUUCGACGGCGGAACCAUGAAUCCACCGGAUAACAACCAAGAUAAUGCUCCGUCUAUACCCCACUCUCAUCUCCCCACUCUCCCUCAACAACAAUCCAACUCGAAUCCCAACCCAGACCCAACCUCGAAUCCAUCAUCUCCGAGCUCAAUCCCUAACCCUAGCUUCGAGCAGAUGGUCUCCUUCUCCGCGCCGAAGAAACGAAGGAGAGGCCGAUCCCAACGCACAACGUCGUCGUCGUCGUCGUUUCACGUCCUUCCCGGUAAGCUAAACAUAGACGUCGGCGGUAGAUCGUCAAACCCUGGGAUAGGCGACGAGAUCAUCACCAUCAACAAGGAAGCUACCACGGAAGCUCUCCUCGCUCUAACAGCUGGCUUCCCGGCCGAUUCCCUCACCGAGGAGGAGAUCGACUUCGGCGUGGUCCCCGUCGUCGGAGGGAUCGAGCAGGUGAACUACAUUCUGAUCAGGAACCAUAUCAUAUCGAAAUGGAGAGAGAGUAUCUCCAGCUGGAUCGCGAAGGAAGCGUUUCUCGAUUCGGUUCCUAAGCAUUGCAUCAGUCUCUUGGACUCUGCUUACGACUACUUGGUUUUACACGGUUAUAUCAACUUCGGUAUAUCGCAGGCGGUUAAGGAGAAGAUUCCGGUUCAGUCGAGUAAGCCUAGUGUGGUUAUAGUUGGAGCUGGGUUGUCUGGGUUAGCCGCGGCGAGGCAGUUACUGAGGUUCGGGUUUAAAGUGACGGUUUUGGAGGGAAGGAAACGGCCUGGCGGGAGGGUUUAUACAAAGAAGAUGGAAGGGAAUAGAGUGGAGGCCGCGGCGGAUUUAGGCGGGAGUGUUUUGACUGGGACUUUAGGGAAUCCGUUAGGGAUUAUAGCGAGGCAGUUAGGUUGUUCUCUUUACAAGGUAAGAGAUAAGUGUCCGCUUUAUAGGGUUGAUGGUAAACCGGUUGAUCCGGAUCUUGAUAUGAAGGUGGAGGCGGCUUUUAACCGGCUUUUGGACAAGGCUAGUAAGCUUAGGCAGCUGAUGGGUGAUGUUUCGAUGGAUGUUUCGCUUGGUGCAGCGCUAGAGACGUUCAGGCAGGUUUAUGGGGAUGCUACCGAGGAGAUGAGUUUGUUUAACUGGCAUCUUGCGAACUUGGAGUACGCGAAUGCGGGUUUGGUGUCUAAGCUCUCUCUUGCCUUCUGGGAUCAAGAUGACCCUUACGAUAUGGGUGGAGAUCAUUGCUUUCUGCCUGGAGGAAAUGGGAGGCUGGUUCAUGCUUUGGCGGAAAAUGUGCCGAUCUUAUAUGAGAAGACUGUUCAAACGAUCAGGUAUGGUGCAGAUGGUGUGAAGGUAACCGCUGGACAUCAAGUGUACGAGGGUGAUAUGGUGCUGUGUACAGUUCCUCUUGGUGUGCUUAAGAACGGGUCCAUCAAGUUUGUGCCGGAGUUGCCUCAGAGGAAGCUUGAUUGUAUAAAGAGACUAGGUUUUGGGUUGUUGAAUAAAGUUGCAAUGCUGUUUCCGUUUGUGUUUUGGGGCACGGAUCUUGAUACCUUUGGACAUCUUACUGAGGAUCCAGCCAACCGAGGUGAGUUCUUCCUCUUCUAUAGCUAUGCACAAGUUGCGGGUGGUCCUCUGUUGAUCGCGUUGGUUGCGGGAGAAGCUGCUCAUAAGUUUGAGACAAUGCCACCCACUGACGCAGUUACUCGUGUUCUUCAGAUUCUUAGGGGUAUGUAUGAACCACAAGGAAUAAAUGUCCCUGAUCCAAUUCAAACGGUCUGCACCAGGUGGGGAGGGGAUCCAUUCAGUUUUGGAUCUUACUCUAACGUUGCAGUGGGAGCUUCAGGUGAUGAUUACGACAUAUUAGCAGAAAGUGUGGGAGAUGGUAGGCUUUUCUUUGCCGGGGAAGCCACGACAAGGAGGUACCCUGCAACCAUGCACGGAGCUUUCGUUACUGGUCUGCGAGAAGCUGCUAACAUGGCUCAAUCAGCAAAGUCCCGGGGCAUACGGAAAAGAAUCGAUAGGAACCCUUCAAAGAACCCUCACGCAUGCGCUACCCUUCUUGCAGAUUUGUUCAGGGACCCUGAUCUGGAGUUUGGGAGUUUCUCCAUAAUCUUUAGUCGGAGGAAUCCAGACCCAAAGUCUCCUGCAAUUUUGAGGGUAACGCUAAGCGAGCCUUGUAAGAGGAACGAAGAUCCAAUAGCAGAUCAGUACUCGAACAAGAUACUGUUUCAGCAGCUUCAGUCUCAUUUCAAUCAGCAGCAACAUAUUCAGGUGUAUACGAUGUUGACUAGGCAACAGGCUCUUGACUUGAGAGAAGUCAGAGGUGGUGAUGAAAAGAGGCUUCACUAUCUAUGCGAGACACUUGGAGUGAAGCUGGUGGGAAGAAAAGGUCUGGGGCUCGGAGCUGAUUCCGUCAUCGCUUCUAUUAAAGCUGAGCGAACCGGUCGCAAGCCAGCAUUGUCAUCUUCAGGCACAAAAUCUGGUAUAUUAAAAUCAAAAUCUGGUGCGUUGAAGCGGAAGCUGAUCAGAAGGAUUAAAGGACCGGUCCAGCUGAAUCCAAGUAAUAAUGGCGACUCGGAGACUAUGAAACAUGAGUCUUUAGGGAAUGGCAAAGCCUCUGAGCAAGCGACAAUAGUAGAGGCGAUAGGAAGCAGCAGCAGCAUGCAAGAGGAAAGCAAAUGGUUGGGCACAGGAGUUGCAUCAAGUUCCGGUGGUUCCUUACAUGGAGAGACGAUGAAAAGAUGAACGAAUGAACGAACAAAACCCCACUCAAGCAAAUGAGUUUGAUGAAGACAAGUACAAAUAUAGUUCUGGUCUCAACUCCGACCCAAGCCAAGCAACUUGAGGGGAGGCCGCAGGUGCAAAUGAAUGAUGAUCAGUCACUUACCUCCUUCAAAAGUCUCGGGAGAGUCUUAAGAUUUCAUCCCACUUCCUUUUAUUUACAGAUGGUGUAUCAUCUCUCUUUUCAUUGUAACUUUAUGUUAUCAGACAAAUACUGACUAUUUAUCCACGUAAGUAGUGUUUUGUAAUGUACACGAAGAUUAAUCAAAUGACUAAAUUCUCUC